UUUAGUCGCCGGCUUUACUCGGCUCAGUCUUUCGUCAGAUCAACAAGUUGUGUUUGUGUUUGUGGUUGGAAAUUUAAAAUAAAAAAAAAUAAUAUAAAAUGUCUGCAUCACCGAUAGCGCGGCAAGCUACCCACAGCCAAGCCAUCCCGACACGGCGCGUCCAGAUUUCCGAUCCAGCGCAGAUGCCCGAUGUCUAUUCCAGUACACCUGGAGGCACAAUUUAUUCGACAACACCAGGAGGUACAAGGAUUGUAUACGAAAGGUCAUUUAUGAUGUCCUUAAGCCAGUCACCUAUUUCCAGGACACCGCCCAAAUGCGCUUUACCAGCUGCGAUGUUAAAGAAUCCCAACUCGGGUCCCAUUCUGCAGACGCAGAAGGCACGCUCGAAUUCCAUCUCCUUCGAUGAGUCACAAGAAACAUUCUCUAUGGAUCUCUAAGAUAGGAUAAGGCUGUAUAGGUUAUAAGCCAACGUCAACUCGGUUUAAAAAAAGAACUGUCAUAUGCCAAAUGGAAAUUUUUUUUUGGAUUAAUCUUUUCGGACUGUGUUGGUUUAAAUUAAAACAAAAUUGUAUUUAAACUAGGAUUAAUCAUGUCAUGGUCAUAAUAGACACCGAGCUGAUGUUGUAUUUAUAGAUUUAAAGCUUAUUGCUAAGUCAAAAUAAUCGCAAAACCUCUCUAGUCACAGACAAAAGAUUAACUUGAAUGUGUAAAAGUGGACGAAUAUAAGAUGUUUGUGGUAUGUGAAAAUAAAUUCCUGUUAUUGUUGACAUGCGUCACGUUUAUUGUUGGUAAAUGCUAAGUAAUAGUUUCUCAAAAAAAUAUCGACUUAAGUAUUUAAGUGUUUUGUCGACUGAUUAUGAAUUUUGACUUUAGCAUUAACUAGGUUAGGAAAAGAUAGGCGUGACUGAAACGUAUUAUAAGCGUUGGAAACGCGACCCUUUGCCCAAAAAUCAAUAAAAAAAUAAAAAUAAAAUAUCAUAAAUAAUAAAAAAAUAUGCAAAAUAUAUAAAAUAUGUAAAAAAAUCACUAAAUUAUUAAUGGAAUGGCCGAAAUUGCAACAUUGUUAUUGUUUUUAAAAGCACGGCAAAGGGUUUAAUUAGUAUUAAGGGCGUUUAACGCAUUUUAAAGGUGCUAGGUGUUUUGAACUGAUGUGCCAUUUGUGUGAAAUGAUAUGUGUUCUUGUGGUAUUUUAUUUCAAAAUGUAAGAUAUCAAUGUUAAAAAAUUUGAAGCAAUAAUUAUUAAUUACCAAUGUUGUAUUUUAUCUUUUGCUUAUCAAUACAGAAAGCGUCAUAAUUGUUAUAUUUUUACGUUUAUGUUUUGUUAUGUAGCUUUGAUGACAGAAGUUUUGAUAUUAAAGUUCCAAGUCUGAAUUGAGAUAGUCGCUUUGGUCUUGUAAGAUUUUUUUAAAGAUAUUAUUGUAAUACAUGGUAUUAAUUUGACUGCCAAUAAAAAAUAUAAAAAA